UUUGUUGCUUCAAAAAAAGAACAGUUCCUUCAUCAUGGCUAAUGCUAAAAGUUUUUUAACACUAGAUCAACUGGAUCGUAAACGUUUUUAUCGUCAUUCUAUCACAGUUCGUCUACUUCGAAAGUGGGAAUUCAAAAAUUUCAAAAAAGAUAAUGAACUCCUAGGAAUGAAUCUUUUAUUUCUUGAUCAAAAGGAAAAUACAAUUCAAGGAACAGUGCAUCAAUCUCUUCUUCAAAAGUUUGUAAAUCAGUUAUCUGAAGGAAGUAUUAUUGAAAUUUAUGAUUUUAAUGUGCAAGAUUGCAAUAAGAACUACAAAGUUUCUGACCACAAAUUUCAGAUAAGAUUGACAGAGAGGACAAGAGUUACCAUUGUGGGACAAGAAAGCUGUCAAAUACCACGAGAAAAAUUUCGAUUCCGAAAUGACGAGGGAUUUGUCAAGUUACAAGAUCACACAAUUGAUUUAUAUGAUGCAAUCGGAUAUAUUAAACAUAUGGACAAAACUGAUGUUCGUACUACUACUACACCCACCUUAAGAAAGGUCACUCUAACUUUAUUACUAGAAGAUGGAAACGAAAUACCUGCAACAUUAUGGGCAGAACAAGCAGAACUCUUGGAAGACAAAUAUCGUGGAGUGGAAAAUAAUAAUAUUGUACUCAUCAUGACAAGCGUCUUGGUCAAGAUAUAUCAAAGUGAAAUAUAUUUGUCAGCAUCCUCAGGCACUAAAUUUUACUUGAAUCAUGAUUCUGAUCCGGUUGAUGCUUUCCGAAAAAGUUUGAGGUAUAAUGGAGAAUGUUUGGUUAAUCUGGGUGACAUAACUAAACAAAAUAAACGCCCAGAAGACCAACAAUCAAUUAAUGAUAUUUGGGAAUAUGUCUCAUCAGAUGACCGUAAGGUAAAAAUAUUCUUCUUAAAUACUUUAUAA